AUGCUACCGGGAGGAGGCGUUUUAAGCAUCUCGAAGCCGUCGGUUCUCGUCGGGAGGGAGACUUGCAUGCUACCAGGAGGACGCGUGGUGAGCACCUCGAAGCCGUCGUUCUCAUCGGGAGCGAGUCUUGCUGUGGUGGCGAUUGAUGCUGUGGAGAAACGGCGACGUUGGGCGGGAGGGAUGAUUGGUGAACAACAGAGAGAGAAGAAAACCAGAGAACAACCCUUAUGGCAUGGAUGAUUCAGUUUAACAUGAAUUCACUGGGGUCCACAACGGGGUUCAAGACAGCGGGGCCCCUUCUCCAACCGCGGCAGCGAUGGCGAGGUGUUCUCGGAUGGUAGGCGGGACCGACGAGGUAUGUGUGGACGUUGUGCCCUUGAGCGGUGUAGAUGUGCCUGCGGUUGGAUGGCCCACAACAAUUGCGACUGUGGUGGCCUACAUUCACAUAACAGCGGAAAAUAUCCCACGCCCCGGCGACAGCGCUGAGUGUUUGGAAACGCCAGCUCUGGUACCGCUCUGUGUGGGGUAUCCGAUAUCUCAAGGGAGCUACGGUAUCUGAAGCGAUCUGUAGCGCAUGCACUUGUUUUUCUGGUACUACUGCGAUUUGCUGCGGAGUGAUGGGAUGAUGAGAUCUACAUAGUGUUGGCAGACCGUGGAUUUUGAGAUCGCAUGCACAUUCUUGUUGGUUUGGGUUCUCGCGCUGGUGAUCGAUCAGCUCCAUCUGCCCUGGGUUUGGGGCUAGGGUAACGGGAGAACCUUUUUGCUGCAUGGGUGGGAAAGCCGAACGUGCAAUAUUUUUUAGUCGCCCGAUACGCGGUGGUUGUGUUUCAUUCUGCCCGCCGGAUGCUGGCCAGGACGCUGCUAACCCUUGUACGUCAAGAAGACGCUUGCUCUAUGAAUAUCUUUGCUUCUCGAGCACCUAUGCCCCCCCCACCCCUCGCUGCAAUUCGGCGGGCGUUGUGUGUUCGGCGCGUGGUACUCUUCAAAGUAGUUGCUUUCAUGCGCAUUCCUUGCCGACAACGCUGCUACAGUAGUUCCUGCCGGGUACAACAGCGUGGCCGCCUGGGCCGAGCGGGAUGUCGCAUCUUAUGAGAAAAAUGACGUGGUACAAAAUCGUGAGGGUGUGACAUAUUUCUCUUUCGUGGGGGCUGCGUUGUGUUCGUUGAGCGCAUAAUAGUGUGUACUUCAUGUCGUGUUGCUGCUGCCGGCGAAGGUCUUUUCGUUUUGGCGCGUUUGACGAAGCUCUGCCUACGAUUCUUGCGAGGAGUACGGAUGACCGUUCUCUCAGCUCCUUGCGGGACUUGUUGGCGAGGCGC